CUCCUGGGAGCGCGUAAAGUUCUCUCUUGGCUGUGCGCUUUUACGCACAGACCGUGGACGGUGACCGGACCUGUGUGAGUCUCCGUGAGCACGGCAGCAUCAUGAGUGGCAACACAGAGGGGGUUUUCCUCUCUCCGCCAAGGGAGUGAGGACAGAAGAAGAGGACAGACAAGAAGGAAGAAGUAAGAGAAGAGCAGGGAAGGGGAUAGGAGAGGAGAGAAAAGCAGUGGAGGAAGACAGAAAAGUAGGACAGGGAAGCAACAAACUUUCCUCUAAAGGAUCUUUCCACCUCAUACUGAGACUUUGUUUGAGCCAAAGUGCCCGACCACGAGGCUGUGAAUCCCUGCUUCCUUUUUUCCUCUCCCAGAGCUCCUUUUCUUCUUUAGCUGACCCCAUGUCUCCGAAAGUGGGACCCACCGUCCAGAGCACAGGCACCCACCUCUGGGUGCUGCUGUGUCCCUUGCUCUGUGCGCUGGCCCUGGCUAGAGGCUCCACGCUGAGCCCUGAGGACUUGCAGAGCACUGCAGCCAUGUCACUGCCAGAGGACGGGACAGGUACAACGUUCCAGCUGCAGCCAGACCUGCAGACUGAAGCCCAGAUGGAAGCACAGACGGAAGCUCAGACAGAAGUACAGACAGAGGCUCUGACAGACCCGCCAACUCAGAGCAUCACCAGCAACUAUACAGGUCUGUCCUGCGUCCCUGUCCUGCCACCACGCCGGGGUUCUUUCUACGUGGAGAGCGGCACAGGCGUGUCAAUCGGCAGCGUGUUGGCCUUCUGGUGCAGAGAGGGAUACCAGCUGGUUGGCAGCGACAAAAUCUACUGCAAUGUCAGGAACGGCAAACCGCAGUGGAGUAACUACCUGCCUGUGUGUGAAGCGAUCCCCAGACCUGAGGACCGAGGCCUGAGAGUGGCUGUGUUGGCUUCAGUGGUGAGUGGCAUUGUCAUCCUCGCCAUGUCCCUGUCCUUCCUCAUCUGCUGCCUGCAGGAACGAUCCAGUCGGGACAGAGCCAAGAAGGAGGGACGGAGCAGGCGCAGAGAGAAACGCUCGGCCCGUCGCAGCGAGUGUUGGCUGGAGAGAGAAGAGGGUGAGUGGGAAUCUUUUCCCCCUCCCAAGAUCUUCCAUCUCUCCCAGAGGAUGAACCCCCGGCUGGCUCCUGACAGCCCCCUCUACCUGACUGGAGGACUCGGUGGAUAUGAGAACAGAGGAUACCAGAGGAGUCAGGAGAGCUUGCUGAAGGCCUCCAUGCCCGGGCUGUACCGCUCCGACUCUCAGCUUUACCCACACGUUGUGCUGCAGAGGGUCCCAACUCCGACUGCGCCCUCCGCCCCAUCCGCUCCGUCUGCCCCCCUCUACCUCCACCUCCCUUCCUCCUCCUCCGCUGCCUCCUCGCCCGCCCACAACCAGCCUCACAUCAUGGCGCAGUAUCCCACCCCGACGUACCCGCCAAACCCCAACACAGCUGUUCCCGCCUACCCACACCCGGCGCCUAUCUACCCCAACCCCAACCCGACACCACAGCGGCCAUGGCAGUAGCGACGUCUUUCACUUUCUCUGUUCUAAAGCAGACAUGAAAAGAAGGUGUAAAAAUGGAGAGGCAGCCAGUGUAGAAGUCCCCCCUUUGUGCUGCAUGCUUGCUGAACUUGUCCUGCAUUUUGGACUCAACAGGAACUUAACACAGAUUUUCUUUUUCCUUAAUUCUUACUGAACUGCUGCUGCACUUCCUGCAAGAGGAGUUCUCUGGAGGAGGUCCUGCUUUAUUUUAGCCGUCGGAAAUUACGAGAAAGCUUCAAGUAGCCCGUCGACAAGGGAACGCAGGAAGCUUUAAUUUAAGGAGUGACGUUUAUGAAAGAAUAACCUGCAAUGAAGGAUCAUAAAAGACUUCGACUGUGGCCGCCACUGUUCAGGCAGCUCAAACCUAUCAGCAGUGUUCAUUUUUUAAAUAGUUUAUUGUUAUGAAAAGGAUCCCUAUCAGCCUUCAUGAGGUCCACAUUCUCUAACCUAGACAGAUAUAUAUAUAUAUUUUUUUUUUGCUUUAAAACUAAAGACUUAACAUGAACUUUGGAAAUCUCAUGUGUAAUGUAAUGAAAGGUUUCGGGUCACUUUACAGUUCUUGUUAAUAUGUCCAAGUAGUUUCCCUCACUUUGGAGUAAAUAGACUGCCAGUAGGGAUUUAUGGGUAGCAAACACACUGUGAUUAAAAUGCAGCUGUUGCUGCAACUACUGAAUGCAGCCAAUUUUGUGCUGUUUGUAUGGAUUUAAUGAUACAGUGAUCGUUUUCAAUUGAUCCUUCCUUUCUCACUGAAAUUGUUAACAAAAUGUAAUUUUUUUUCUGUCUUUGUUUAUUUUUCUCUCCUUGUACUGCCGCAACUCACUUAACACAUAAUUAUUUAUGACAAAGCUAAUUUUAUGGUUGGCAGUUGGACUAGUGAAGUCAUCUAGGGCCCCUGAUGGAUUAGGAACAUGUAGAAUAUACAUGACUAAAAUACUGACUGGGAAUCAGUCCUGGGUCAGAUAAUAAGUGCAAAUUAAUUAAUUUGCUUGAUGUAAUUUCAAGGUCCAGUGUGCAGGAUUUAGUGGCAUCUAGUGGUGUAGUUGCAGAUCUGUCGUUUCCCCAUCCCCUUCCAAGUGUGAAGGAGAGACUACGGUGGCUCUUAAACAUGCGAAAAACACAAACACCCCUAUCUAGAGCCAGUGUUUGGUUCUGGGCUACUGUAGAAACAUGCCGGUUCAACAUGGCGGACUCCAUGGAAGGCGACCCGCGGUGUCUGUAGAUAAAAACAGCUCAUUAUAAGACAACAAAAACACAAACAGGUUCACAACACUCUUUAAACACUAAUGAAAACAUACCUAUUAAUAUUGUUUUCCAUUUCCAAUAGCUCCUCUGAAAUGAUACACACUGGACCUUUAAGUCUGAUUUGAGCCUCAGAUAGGUUCAGACAAUACUUUGUUAAUUGCAGAAAAUUAUGCAAAAUUGAUUUUCAAUUUCAAGAAAAGCUCUUGUGUGACAUAACAAAGGUUCUCUAUGUAAGUUAUAGCAAACAUAAGGCAGUCAGACACACUGCGAGACUGCUGUUUUGUCCCUGACGCACCGGAAACUGCACAGAAAUGCACUGAUAUGUAAAGUUUGAGUGGAGAGGUGGAGAAACUUCUGAACCAUGUCGACCUAUGAACUCUGAAUCACUUGAAUUCUCUGAACUUAGGCUGCAGUUGUGCAGCAAAUGUGGAUUUUGUUCCUAAUUUCAUUGUUUUUAAAUGAAUAAUUAACCUUAAACCUUUAUUAUUUCCUUGGUCUAUGUACAGCUUUUUAAUCAUAAACUGUCUAAGAGGCCCUUUACUGUUGCUUUAGUCAGUCCAUACUCCAGCUGUGGGGCAUUCUUUAUUUUUAGAAGUAGCCACACUAACAAAUCUGCACUUUACAUUUUUUGAAGGGGGGGGUUUAAACAGAAUAUUUCUCUUACUGUAAACUAUUUGUUGCAUAAUACUAAGACUGCCAUAAAAGCUGAAUAAAGAUACUUUUGUUUAGUUGAA